CCAUCCCCGGCCCAGAUGUGGAGCCCGGGCGGGCAGAUGUUGCGCCUCUGCACCCCAGCAGCCCCCGCUCGGCUCGCCCUCUUCCUUCUCCUUCUCCUGCCGCCGCCGCUUCCGGGUUUUCUCCCGCCGGCGGCGGCGCAAGAAACCCCAUUGUGCGCGGCGGCUGCUGCUGCCACCGCCCAAGCCCAGCCCCGCCGUUUGGCCCCCAUUCCCGCUCCGCCAGGGAGGAGCGAGCGCCGCCGAGGCCUCUCCGAGCAAGCCUCCGUGCGCCCCGGAGCCGGCCCCAUGGAGAUCCCCCCGUCGCACUACCCGGCCACGCGAGCCGCCGGCGUGGUCGAGAACUACAUCAACUACCAGCACGGCAGCCCCAGCAAGAUCUUCGGCGUGCGAGAAGUGCGCCAAGCCAGCCGGGAGGAAAUUCCAGGUGUUGGGCACAAAUAUCGCCUGAAGUUUGCAAUGCAAGAAGAACUUCAGAAAGGCAGUCCUGUGAACUGCACCGCUGAAAUCCUGUAUCAUCACGGCGACCCACAUGUUGCACCCGAAGUGCAUUAUACAGUGGAAGGGGAGUUUGGGACGAAUACAGAGGAAGCAGACAACAAGUUUUACAACAGACUCAAGAACCUACCAGACCUAUUAGAGGCACAAAAUCUUCCAGACAAUUUCGGAAAUGUCUCUGAAGAAAUGAAGCCUGUUCGGCACUUAGCCUGGGUUGCCUGUGGUUACGUAAUAUGGCAGAAUUCAACAGAAGACACUUGGUACAAAAUGGCAAAAGUGCAAAGUGUCAAGCAAGUGAAAAGGAGUGAUGAUUACCUGGAAUUUUCCUAUGUGGUUCUGAUCCAUGAUAUUGUCUCCCAGGAGAUUAUUCCUUGGCACAUGCAAGUUUUAUGGAACCCGCAGCAUGGAGUUAAAGUCACACGGAAUAGCCGUCAGCCAAAACGUGCGGCACAGGAUUAGUGGCCACAACUUCAACCCUACUACAUUGGUACCUUGGUUCCCGAAAGGCUUAGUGGUCAAACAAAUCGGCUCCCGAACGUCGCAAACCCAGAAGUAAGUUUUCUGGUUUGUGAACGUUUUUCAGAAGCCGAAUGUCCGAUGCAGCUUCCUUGGCUUUCGAUUGAGUGCAGGAAGCUCCUGCAGCCAAUCGGAAGCCGCACCUUGAUUUUCAAAUGGUUUCGGGAGUCGAAUAGACUCCCGGAACGGAUUAAGUUCGAGAACCAAGGUACCACUGAGGUUGCUCAAAUGUCUUUAUAACAACUUCAUACAGCUAGAGGGAGGGCUACAAAACAGGCUUACAGAGGUUCAGAAACCCCUACAUGUAUAAGGACCAAUGCAAAUUAUUUUCUGGCCUCGGUGUGGUGGCUCUUGCAGGCCAGAGCAAACACUUACGGUACAGUUGUCAUAAUGCUCUCUCUGAACGCUACUUUAGGCUUCCCGGUCUCACAAGGACAACCAUAUUCUCUUUCCAUUCUCUAGGUAGAAACAGCACAAAAAAAUAAUUAUACUGAUUAAUAAAAUGUGUUGCCAAAUGGGUAGCGCUUAGCAUGAUCUCACCUAAUUAUUCCCAAAUGCUACCUACAAUCAUUGGGAAAAUGUCGAUCCAACAUUUUCCAGCUGUAGUCUGUCUCUAGUUAACUAGAGCUUCUUAUAUCUGGACCAGAUAGAAGUCCACCCACCCAGAGCAGAUUGGGGUUUUUUUGAGAAAUUUUUUGGUCCACAUCCUGUACAUAUGAAAGAUUUUUUGACCUUCUAUAUAUACUUCAUGAGCGAGAACCACAAAAAAUUGCUAACACAGACCCAAAUGAAGGAUUACAACCGACACUGUAUAAUUUAUACAUAGCCAGAUAUGAAGCUGGGGAGCACAUCUAAACUAUAAACGCUGAAUUAAAUAAAUACUUUUGCCAAGUGAGACUCGGUAGCACACUUUACCAGUGCAAUCUUGCAACAAUCACCUGUGCAUAGAUUUCCAGGUGCAAUUCUCCCAUUCCUGAAACAAUGGUCUCUUUGCUCUCGCUGUCAAAAUGAACUCUGAAAGUGGGUCUUCCUUUGUGAAGCGGUUAAUGCCUUUUGAAAACUUAUCCAAGUCAUUCUAGAGAGGGACGGGGAAAUAAACAAGGGUAAAUUAAUGUCUUUCGCAUCAUUGAGUAUAACAAGGUAGUCAAAAGUGCUGGGGUUACAGGACAAAAUACCAUAAAAAAUAGAGCUAGGUGGUUUCCAUAAACUGUAGGGUAUCAAUGGAACGUGUUGGCUUCAGAGCAUCACAAAACUUGAGACUGCUCCACUCAGUGCUGCAUUGACACAAGUAAAUACACAACUAGGAUUGAUCACACAUAAUUGCCAGGGCAUCAAGCCUACUGGAACUCUGCAGCAGGGGAACUACCACACCAAAAGGUGGCUCAGCUUCUCCUGAACACAAGAACCAAAUGCAACAGGAACCGUACAGUUUUCCUCCAAGAAAAAUCAGAUCACAACAUUCCUUCCAAAUUAAAGAAUUUUUUUACUAUUUACCCUUGUUUGGACCUUAGAUUGCCUACCUUGUUGGAUGGUUUCAUUGCCACUGAAAUGACAGGAUCAGGGACAUGAAUAGAUUCCUAUGAAAAGGAACAGAACAGAGAAACCAAAGAACCAUUUGUUAACAUAAAAACACUUGAAAAUUAUCCUUCCAGAUAAUUAUUUUUACUUUUAACGCUCAAACCCACAGGCAGCCUUCCUCUUGCUUGCUAGGACUCGAAAUUUACGGGGUUUGUUAAAACAAAUGUUUCCUAAUGCGGUAUCAGAUCCUGGUUUGUAGUCAGAAAUUAAAACGACAGUUUCCCUGUUUGGAUGGACAAAUAAAUAAAAAAUCAUAAUGGCAUUUAAGAGAAGGGAGGAGAGAAGGAAGCAUGAGCGGGCAUAGCGUUCAUCUUAUUAAACUGAUAUUGCUACA